GCUGCGCCGUCUGACCGCGCGUUGCCGCUCUCAAGGCUCACGGUUUGCGCAUGCGCUUGAUUUCGUGUUCGCAGUCAUGAUUUAUUUUUCCCGCUCGUUUCCGGUCGACGCUUACUAGAUAACAGCACAAGGUGCCGCGAAAUGUUAUCUGUAUCACGUGAGCUCCAUGACCCUUCACGGUAACUUGAGACAGGCGCGCGGCAUGACGGCUGCCAAACCGGCACCUUGUGCCGGCCCCGGUUAUCUUCUGCGCGUCGGAUGGAAGCGAGUAAAAGAACACAUGAUUGCGAGCACUAAAGGAAGCUUAUUCUCGAAGAGUGAAACUUGAGAGCGUCCGCGCGCCGUGAGAAAGCGCAACCAGUCAUUUCGGCUGGUGCUCCCGGCCGCGCUCCACAAAAUUUUGCUGGCGACUGUACUGGUCGGUCCAAGGAACGCAGGUCUGAAGCAUGAAGUGCCGAAUCGAGGAUGGCGUCGUGUACUCGCCCUUUCCCAGCUGCGAGAUUCCCCGCUGCUCGUUCUACACAAUGGUCAAGGAAUGGUUGGCCAAGACACCCUCCAAGCGGGCCCUGGUGGACGAAGCCAUUACUUUGACCCGCCAAGAGCUGUUUCAGCGUCUGCAACGCUACGGCGCUGGGUUUCAGGAGCACGGCAUCCUUCCUGGAGACAGGAUCUGCAUUCAUCUCAGCAACUCCGUCGAAAACUUCGUUGCGAUGUUCGGCUGUAUUAUGGCAGGUGCCACCGUAAUUCUGGCCAAAACAACUUUGACUGCAAGAGAGCUGCACUAUCAGAUGCAAGACGGAGAUGCUACCCAUGUUUUGACGGAUACGGGGUACGUUGAGAAGGUUCUCGCUGCGAGUUCUACGCUACAGCUCAAGGGCAUUUUCGUCAUGGGCGAUGCGCCGGGAUUUGUGUCAGCUUUGAAGUUUAAAGACUGCAGUGAAAAGAACUUCAAAGAGGUGGAGAUUCCAGACCCUGAAAACAGUGUGCUGGCAAUAACCUACACCUCGGGCACUACGGGUCUUCCGAAGGGUGUAGAAAUCACCCACUACAGCUACGUUGGAAACGUCUACACGUCAGGGCCUUGCAUGUCAUCGGAUGACACGGACGUUGUCCUUGGAAACUUCCCGAUCACGCACGCCUCUGGCCUUGUGGUCAACAUGGGAGUAGUUCUCCAGGGUGGUGUAUCUGUCAUAGCUUCACCGUUUCUCAGCCCUGAAGAAGUAUGCGAUAUCGUCAACAAACAUAAGAUUACGUCGAUGUUUUUGUUCACGUCGCGGCUGCAAGCCCUCGUGCAGGUCAUGCAGCGCACGGGAACCCGCCUCGGCAGCGUGCGAAGGAUCGGGGUCGGCGGAAGCCUCCUGAGCGCCGAGCUCUUUGAGGAGGCGCUGUCGGUUUUCGAAGGGACCGAAUGCCUGAUGAACAUGUACGGCCUGUCGGAGGCCUGCUCCAUCAUCUGCUCUCCGUCCAUUCGCGGAGUCAAGCAUGUUGACAUGGGCUUCCCCGGUGCCAUGACUGAAAUCAGAAUCGUCGAUGUGGACACUCGAAAGAAGUUAGGACCCAACAAAGUUGGCGAGCUAGAGUUCAGGAAUCCUUGUGUCAUGAGGGGCUACUACAAGAAACCCGAAGCCACCGCGGCGUUUAAAGACCGAGAUGGAUGGUGUCAUUCAGGGGAUCUGGCGUACUACGACGAGGACGGCAGGUUUUAUUUCGUGGAGAGGAUCAAAGAGAUGAUCAAAUGCAUGGACAACCAAGUGGUUCCGGCCGAGCUGGAAAACUUGCUGAUGACCAGCCACGAAGGAAUCGAUGACGUGGCUGUCAUCGGUUUACCCCAUCCAGUCUACGGCGAAGCUCCCGCGGCAGUUGUCAUCCUUAACGAACAAUCCAAGGUCGGAGGCCACGUGACUGCCGAAGAUAUCCAGAAAGUCAUUGCAGAAGCCUGCGCACCGCACAAGCACCUGUCUGGAGGUGUGUUCUUCGCCGACUCACUCCCAAGAACAGAAACCGGAAAGAUUAUGAGAAAAGUUCUCGUGGAUCAGUAUUCCCGCCUGGCAUGCUCCAGGAUGCCGUGAGAAAGUGGCAGAAAGAGCGGUACCGAUGAUGCUUGAACAACUUGCUUGGUUUUUUGCUUAAUAAAGCUUGUUUUUUCUUCAUA